AUGGCUGGGAAGAGGGCCCAUCCCAUCAAGCGAGAUUGGUACUGGAACCACAACGACCACUACGAAAUUUGGCAUAGUCUCGACUGGCCUUCUGUACGUCGUGGGCGACAGAUCUACACUGAAGUGUUUGCCCCCUGCCAUGCUUUGGGUCGCAUGACGUUCACACACUUUCAGGGAUUUAUGACCCGAGAGGAAAUCAAACAGCUGGCAUCUCAGUAUGAAGUGAUUGAUACCGAGCCUGACGCCCAAGGUAUGUUGAACCCUCGCCCAGGCAAACCAACAGACACACUUCCAGUACCUUUCCCCAAUCAGCGUGCGGCACAGUUUGCGAAUAACGGUUCUGAACCACCAGAUUUGCAACAUGCUGUUUUCGGCAAAGAGGGUGGCCCUGACUACAUCUUUUCUCUCAUUACCGGAUACAACUGGGGUAAUGGAGAGCUGAUGGAAGUUCCUCCGUUUGCUCCUGAAAUUAAGCCUGGACAGUUCUGGAACCCCUACUUCAAGGAUUGCGUGCUCUCCAUGCCACCUCCACUCAUGGACGGUAUGGUGGAUUACGAAGAUGGUACACCGGCGACAACGAGUCAAAUGGCUAAGGAUGUUGUGAACUUUCUCCGGUGGUCCGCUGAGUCAGAGUACGAUGAUCGUCGUGUUAUGUUCUGGAAGACCUUUACAACCUUGGGUCUUGUGAAUUGUAUUCUCCUUCAUUAUGGACAGAAAAAUACCAACUGGCGUAUUUACGGCAGGACAACUUUCCGUUACUGGAAGAAGACAUGGUAA